CCGGGCUGCCGCCGCCUCCCCGCCCGCCGCCACCUGCCUCUCCCUCCGCUGCGCCGCUGCCGACCUGAGGCCCUGGCUGUCGGCUUCUCUUCGCGCUGCAGCCCGACCGAAAUGGAGCCGUCCGCGGGAAGCCGCCGGGAGUGAUCCCCGCUUUCCCACCGACCCACUGGCCGCCCCCUCGGCGCCCGCGCUCGCUCCGAUGGAGCUGGAGGAGACGCCGCUCGCCCCUCCGAAGACCAUGCUGGUUAUGCUGAGGAAAGUUCGCAAGAGGCGGGAGAUGCUGCUGCAGCAGCUGGGCUUCAUCUGCGCCAUCCUCUUCUUCGCCUGGUGCAUGUCCAGCCUGCUCUCCCGCGCGGGCCAAGAAUCAGCUGUUGCAGACAGAAGCAUUGUAUCAGGAAUAUGGAGGAAUAGAAAGUUGAUGGCAUCACCUAACGGGACACAUGAAGAGAAGAACUGUACAGAGCCAGCCAUUAAUGAGUUUCCUGAAGAUAUAUUUACAAAUAAAGAACGUCAGCAAGGAGGAAUUCUGCUUCAUAUCAUUGCUGCUCUUUAUAUGUUUUACGCUUUGGCCAUAGUAUGUGAUGACUUCUUUGUUCCAUCCUUAGAGAAAAUUUGUGAGAAACUACAUUUGAGUGAAGAUGUUGCUGGAGCCACAUUCAUGGCAGCAGGGAGCUCCACCCCAGAACUCUUUGCAUCUGUUAUAGGUGUAUUUAUCACUCAUGGAGAUGUAGGAGUUGGAACCAUUGUUGGUUCAGCAGUUUUCAACAUCCUCUGCAUUGUUGGUGUCUGUGGACUGUUUGCAGGACAGGUGGUUUGUCUCACCCAGUGGGCAGUGUUCCGGGAUUCUGUAUACUACACAAUAUCUGUCAUCGUACUUAUUGUGUUCAUAUAUGAUGAGAAAAUAGAAUGGUGGGAAAGCCUUGUACUCAUCAUUAUGUAUUCAUUCUACAUACUUAUCAUGAAGUACAAUGUGAGGAUGCAAAAUUUCUUCAGCCUUAAAAGCAAGAAUGUUGGAAAUGGUGACACAGUCAACAAUGAGCUGGAAGAUGUGAAGGGGAUCCAGCAGUAUGGCAAAAACAGUGUUGUGAUGGUGGAUGAGAUAAUCUGCUCCAGUCCUCCCAAAUACCGGUUCCCUGAAGCUGGAUUACGGAUUAUGAUCACAAAUAAGUUUGGACCACGCACCAGAAUGCGGAUGGCAAGCAGACUCAUCAUUAAUGAGCGCCAGCGGUUAAUCCAAUCUGCCAAUGGCUCAAGCAAAGCUCUUCAGAACAGGAGACAAGAGAAUAUUGAAAAUGGAAACAUCCCUGUGGGGAACCAAGAGGAGGAAAAUGAACAGGACAGUCUAACUCCAUUUUCAGUGCCAGAUGGAAUAGUGAACAAAAUUAAAUGGCUUUUGACAUGGCCAUUGAUAUUCUUGCUGUUUACCACAAUUCCAAACUGCAGCAAACCACGCUGGGAGAAGUUCUUCAUGUUGACAUUCAUCUUGUCCACUCUCUGGAUUGCCUUGUUCUCCUACUUCAUGGUGUGGAUGGUGACUGUGAUUGGAUACACCCUUGGGAUACCAGAUGUGAUCAUGGGCAUUACUUUCCUGGCUGCAGGAACAAGUGUCCCAGACUGCAUGGCCAGCUUGAUAGUAGCAAGGCAAGGCCUUGGUGACAUGGCAGUAUCCAAUACAGUUGGGAGCAAUGUCUUUGACAUUCUGGUGGGACUUGGUGUUCCAUGGGGUUUGCAGACCAUGGCGAUUGAUUAUGGAUCAACUGUUAGAAUAAACAGCAAAGGAUUGGUUUAUUCAGUUGCACUUUUGCUAGGAUCAGUGGCACUUACUGUGUUUGGAAUCCAUGUAAAUAAGUGGAAACUUGACAGGAAGUUAGGCAUCUACGUAUUGCUUCUUUAUGCUAUUUUCCUGUGUUUAUCUAUAAUGAUAGAGUUCAAUGUCUUCACCUUUGUCAACUUCCCUAUGUGCCGAGAAGAACUUUAAACCACAAGGAGAGACACUGAAAUUCUUCUGAUGACACAUGCUGUAAAUGACAGGAGGCAUUUCAGAUUCUUGCCUUCUUUCCAUCAAUAAUUUGAGUGUCAUUCCUGCUUAAUCAGCUAACGAGCACUUUUACCUAUAUGGAAGGAGAGCAUACCUUUUUUUUAACAUGCUAGCUGAAGGCAACCAAAGCAUUUUCCUCAUCUUUGGAUAUUGCUGCUCCAUCAUAAAGCUACAUGGAUCUUACACAGAACUCUAAAAGGACCCAUUUCUGGGAAUUCUGUUGUGGCGUUCUUUCUCCUUCUGCAGACAAUCAACCACCACCACGAGGGUUAGCAAGAGGAUGGGAGAAAAAUCUUUAUAGUUCUUUUGGUUUUGACAUUUACUUUCCAUGGAAGGAUAAGAGGCAAGUUCAGAACCUUUCUUGGCUCAGUCAGAAUAUUUAAACUACAGGACCAGAAAGUCCAAGGCACAUAUCAUGGCAUGCACUGUUGAGGAUCAUUUCCUCCUUCAAGUGCUCUGCUUGUAGAGAAGCUGCACUGACAGUUUUUGAUGGCAAUGUUGGAUAUUUAUCACUCUGUUCAAUGAACAAUGUGGCAGAGAAAGAAGAGGAAAUGGUUGUAUGUUGUAUCACUUGUGUUGAUGCACACUAGAAGUCAGAGUAACUGCAUAUUGAAGAAGAGAAUUUACAUGCAGAAAUUCAUACUUGAAAAAUAUGUUUUAUUGUUAAUGAGGAAUGCUGUAUACAUAGAUAUAAACUGACAUUUGUGGAAUAUUACACCACAAAAAAAAAAAAACUUUUCAUUGGCCGUUGUAAGCCCAUUGUGUACAUUUAGAAGAAGCUAAAGAAAUAAAAUAUAACUGGGUGCUCAGUAACUAUCAGUUAUUGUUAACAGCUGGGAGUAGUAGCUGAACAUAAUCCAGACUUUCUGACAACAAAACCCACCCUGAUUAUGAUUUGGUUUGAUUCAGUUUGAUUGGUGAGAAGAAGAAACUUAUUUCAACAGUCAAGAAGCUGGUGUAUUCUUCACCAUUUUUUCUUAUUCUCAGAAGCUUAAUGAAGAUGAAUGUCUGACACAGAGCAGUGCAGAUAAGAGUCACCCUGAAAAAAGCAAGUCUGUCAAGAGAAUAUGGUCCUUGAUUUGAUUGCAUGCAAAUUUUGAAGCAUGAUGUACUUCUUUUUAACCCUGAGUAGAAGCCAAGUUUUGAUAUCCUUUCCACCAGCACAAAUCUGAAAUAAAUAAUUACUCUGGCUAUAAUUGACAGAAAGAUCCAGCCCAGAGUACUAGAAUAGGCGGGUAACAUUCCACAAUUUAGCACUGAUAUAAUUGUAAAUCACUGAAACAGCAUAUUUUGAAUUGCUACUAAACUUUAAAAAUAUUUUGAAGCUGUAUGUGAAUGAUCACAUAAAGUUUCUAAAGAAGCACAGUUACCUUUAUACAUAGAUUUUUAAAAUUUUUUAAUGUUUAUAAACCAAACCAAACCUAUCAACUAACAGUUGAUGUGUUUUUAAAUGUAUUAAUAUUUUCCAUUAAGACUAAAUAUAAAAAAUUGUCACUGAGAAUAUAUUAUAAAAACUUAGCAAAUAAGCACUUACUCAGAAAGUUCCUUCUUUUGACAUAUAUGACAAAUAAUUAUGUUUAGCCAGCUGACAUGCAGAAUACUGUUUACACCAGGCAAUGAGUUUACAACUAAAAUGAUUUUUAAAAUUAUUUUAAAAUAAAUUAAAGAGUGUAUGCUGUUGCUGGUAUUGUUUUUUUUUUUUUUUUUUUUAAGAAUUGUGUCCAUUCAAUGUAAGUCUAAAGAGAAAAAGAGCAACACAUUUGUUAUUUGCUUUUCAUUUUGUUACAAAUGUCAGUAUUAGUAUCCAUUUAGGGUUUCUUACCUUAAUUAAAUGCUCAUGUGAUUAAGCUAAGAACUAAAGAUUAACACAAUGACAGCAUUGCUAAAACGCUUUAUUAAAUAGUCAAGAAUGGCAGUAAACACAUUUUAUCUCAAGUAUGCCAAUGACCCCUUUUCCAGGCAUUCACAACGUUUUUGGUGCAGUAUAAAGCUGAGGAGAUGAAAUUCAUGUUCACCUUGGAGUCUUCUGUUGCAGAAAGGCUUUGAAAAUGCAGCAUACUGCUGCACCACUGUAGGAAUAUCACUCCCUAGUAUUCCUCUCUCCCAUGCUGUCUUUCAGGAGGACAGUUUACUGCUGAAAAUCUGGUGAUGACUUAAAUAUGGGACUGAAAGGAGCAGAGAGGGAGGCUGAGUAAUUGAGUUUUUCCUAUAUUCUGUUUUUAUGGUCUUGGAGAACUCUCUGCAAGCAAAUAUUUGCUCUCCUAUGCACAGUUCAGGCAGCUCAAUUGUCUUUACUUAAUAGAAGAGUAGUUCCAAAGUCUGGUUUUGAAUGCAUAGUGAUCAACUGAGUUGACAGGAAUGAGGGCAUCAAAGUUUAUAGUGCCAGAUCUAGAAAAUUGUAUUUUACCUUCAUAUUUCUGAGCCAGGAAACAUUAGAAGAGUAUGGGCACCAUUUUUUUUCCAUAGCAGCUGACUUUCUGCCCAAAUAUACACGAAUUUUGUUUGCUAAUUCCCUAAAUCUUUCACACAUCAUUUAAAAUUACUCUGCCUAUCCCCUGCUGAAUCUGAAUAUCACAAUCUGAAUAUCACCUGCUCCAGAAAGCCAGUCUUGUAUUUUAGCAGAAAAAGUCUCAGAAUCCAGAACAACCCUUACAAUAUGUGGCUGGUUCAUGUCAUCUACAGCUCUCCCUGAAACAUAAACUCACUUAAGGACAAUAUGUAUUGAAUUCUAAUGCUACAUUUCAUGGGGUGUUCUCAUCUGCAUCUACUGCUAUGAGACAUGUAUCAUGCCGUGCUUAUCAUUAUAGAUAACAUUAGUAGGAUUCUCCUUUGACACUACCACAUGACCAAGGAUGUAUUGUUUGCCAAAGAAUUAUGAGAUGCUGUGUCAGGGCUUUGGUGACACAUAAUCAUAUGAAGUACUUUUAAGAAGCUCCUAAGUAGUCCUUGUCCAUAUGCUAAAAUAAAUAGUUAUACACUAAGCCAUGGGUAAACUGAAUGGUCCAAGAAAUAUAUGAUUGACAAAUUGUUUGAUUGCAGAUAAACCCACAUCAGAAUGUAUCAGUAAUUCAGGAGGCUAUUGCUGAGUAAUAGCAGACGAGUGCCUUUCACAUGUAUUAAAAAAAAAAAAAACAAAACAAAAAACCAACCAAACAAACAUGAGCUUGUGUGGUCAGGAAGCUAUUAAAAUGUUGCCAUUUUCUAGUCAAGAAAAGGAAUUAAUUGUGCUUGGCUCUCCAUUGUUAUCACAGGUCUAUAGUGCAGCUGUUUGGAUUGUAUCUAUAAAAUUUUGCAGGUAUUUUGUUUCAUUAACCAUUGCAAAAGUUAGCUGGCUGAGUUUGGAAUGUAUGUCACAAUGUUCUGUAAGUUAAUGUUCAGCUCAAGAGUGAAAAGAAAGCUGGUGUAUGUGAGAGAGAAAACUGUUAGUGUGAUCUGAAAUUUGCCAGCAUACUAACACUGAAAAGUAACACAACUCAGAAAAAGAUAUCCCAUAUCCAGCAAAGCUUAACUUCAAUAGCUUUGAUUCUGUUUUAAAGCUAAGCAUCUAUCCAAGUGCCUUGCUGGAUUGUGUCCUAAGAUGACAGUGGAGCAUGGUUUCUGGGUUUCUUAUCAUAGUCAGUUCUUUCCAUGUUCUAUUGCUUUUGUAGUCUAAAGAUUUUAUUUCUUUCUCAAAUUAAAAGGUUUGACCAGAAUCUGUGGACUUCUACUCUGCUGAUACUACUUUAGAUUUCCACCCUUGUAAAUAAGAGAACUUGUUCCUUGUCUCAGACUUCUCAACUGUUCAUCUGCCCUUGUGCAUGAGCAGAUCAAAACUGAGUUACAGCUGGCCAAGGAGGGCUUUUAGCAGCUCUUUUGAGCUGCAGUUCCCCUGGAGUAGCACAGUCCCACACAGACCAAUGAGUGUAAUCCUGUCUGCAGCAAGGAACUGGGAAUGUUUCCAUUAUGUUCAGCAGUGUUUGAUUCCAUUUAUUUACCAUAAUAAUUGUACUGCAUUAUGAGGUAUUGCUUGAGUAAAGAUUUCAAGCUCAGGAUCUGCAUGUCUAAAUCUAAGAAGCUCCAGGUAUGGUUAUCCCAAUGUCUCUUUGAUGGUCUAAGGGCUUCUCUCUGGGCUGAGUCUAGCCUGGAAGAACACCUGAAGUCUUCCCAACAGGUACAGCAUAGUCAACCAUCUUUCUCCUGGCUCAGUCUUUGGUGUGCCAAUUUUAUUUUGUUUUUAUAUGCUUGCUGCAGCUGUAACAAACAAAGAUAGCUCCUGGUUUUAGAUUAUAUUUGUAAACUUUCUGUCAACAUGUAAACAAAUGGCAAAGGUCUUUACUAAUCUAAUACUUAGCAAUUAUAGAGAAGAUUCUAUUUUGUCUUUGAUUUCCCUUGUGACUCUGCUUUAAUUACGCUUGUUCCUAUUAUAUGUUUGCUCUAGGUGUACAAAUGCCUCAUGAAUUUCAUUGUCUUCCUUUCUUGGAUUUCUUGCAAUUUUAAUGCCACUUACUUGUGACCCACUGUUAGUUGGUUUUGGUAAAGUUGUUUAAGCUGUAGAACUACUGUCUGGUUAUUCAUGCCAAGGAAAAAUCAGAUGUUAUGUAAUAUGAAACAGACACUAAAAUAACUCUUGAUAGCCAGGUGAAACCAAAGAAUCUUCCGAAUUGAAGUACAUCACCUUGGAGCAUAAUGUUCUGUCAUUGCAAGCAUCAGAUCUCUCUGUUAUUUGUGUUUAAACAUUCAAAAGAAAAUAUCUGCAGCUGGUGCAUUUGCUGCACAAUUUUCUUUCUAGUUCCAUGAGUCUGAAUGCCACAUUUUUCAUUUUGCUAGAUGGUGGGAUUUAUGUGAUGAUUACAGAGGUAAAUGACAGUAUUUAGUUCCAGAAAUUCUGUACCAAACUUGUUGUUAUUCCAUUGAACCAUUUGGAAAAGUCUGUAUGCAAGUGAUCAAUGUCCUGCUGAAGAAGGGAAUGUCAUUCAACUGAUGUGUGCAUUCCACUUUCUGACCUACCAUGUACAUAUUUAAAAGCCUCCUUUUGAAGAACUUGAGCACUUUUCUCACAUUUUCCCACAUGUGAGGUCCUGAUGGUUUAUCCCCAGAGAAGUCUGUGAAGUCCUGUACGUGCCUCUCCUGACACGUGAGAUGUGUGUGGCUGCUUCUCCACAGGCCAGGAUGUGUAGUGAUUGUGGCAAUUUGUUCAUCACAUGGUUCUGCUUGCUCCCAUACUGUGCACUGUCUGAAAGAAAUGAAUAAUUAUGGGAAAUUAAUGCCAUUUGGAUAUUUUUGUAGAAGAAUUGCCAGUUGGAAUUUAAUUCUGUUUUUCUUUUUUCACUUGCACAAAGAAUGUAGGCAAUCGUUGCUGUUCUAUCACUGAGAUGGUCUUGAUAAACUUGAACGACAAAUAAAAAGAUUGGAUUGUAGCACUAGGCAUGGUAACAAAUUCUAAAGGUAUCAGAACAUGAGAAAACCAGACAAAUAUAAUCUCUAGAAAGAUUAUGAACAACUGAGAUGAUUCCUUUCAGAGGUUUUUUGAAGAAAGAUUAUGGCCUUUAUUCAUAUACCAGUUAUGUAUGCAAAGAAAACUUAUAAAUCUGCUUCCCCAGCAACACCUGUGUUUCAAAUGGCUGUUACUGCAGCAAAGUUAUGACCAAAUUCUUGCCUUCAUGUUCUUGGGAGUGGUGCCAGUGUUCCUUAGUGUCCUGGUAGUUGGCACAAAUUAGUAUCGGUGGAACUGAGCAUAGAAUUUGGCUCACGGUAUCUCUUCCAUUGCAAGAAAUUCUUUGAAAUAAUCUAUGGUCACUAGAAUAACUUCUGAAUCUUUUAAAAACCUGUGUUUCAUACUUGCAGGCAUUUGCAGUGCACCCUUAAGAGGUGCAAUACCUCUUUAAAUAUUAUGAAAAUAAUACUUUCUAGAACUGCUUACUUUGAAAACAGAAAGGGAUGGGUUUGUAAACUGUAAAUAACAGAAAUCUCUCAUGUUACUUAUUUUUUCAAUGACUGUGACCUUAUGCACUGUGAAUGCUCUGUGAUAUGGGGUCCAUUGUACAGAUAAACAUGUCAUGAAAUCCAAAUGGAUUUAAUGUGAUAAUUUGUUACAAAAUGUUGGCAUGAUAUUUGAUUAUUUUUGUUGUGAGAAUUUUAAAAAAUAGUUAACUCAGCAUUUAUAAAGAUUAUAACAGUCAGUAUUAUAAUGCACUAUAUAAAAAUAUGUACACUAUCAAUAAAUUAUAUAAACAAGA